AUGUCAUACUCCUAUACGGUAACGGAGCGAAAGCGCAAGACGACCUCCUCGGGCGGAUACGGGUAUUCGGGCUCCAGAUCGACGUUCGGUUACUGGGUGCCGCUCGCCCUGACGGUCACGGCCGCGACAAUCGGUCUCGCCGCAUGGGUAUGGGGCGAGAGAAAAGAUGACGAGUACGAUUCCAGCGAAGAUGAACACUAUCAGGGAGGUGCAGCUCAGUCAGGGUAUACCAUGAGUGGAGGUAUCUCUGGACCUCCGCCGCCAGGCGGCUUUCAAGGCCCUCCGGGACCACCUCUGGAACCUAUGAUGCCUGGUCCGCUGCAGCCCGGAGGGUUUGGACCGCCAGGAACGUUCCAAGGACCUCCUCCCCCGCCCGGCGGGUUUCAAGGCGGUCCUCCGCCUCCGGGCUGGCGAGGGACGGAAGAGGAGUGGCGCUCUACAGCUCGCUCGACGGCUCUGGAACAGGAGCAAGAGACAGGUCUAGUGGCCCGCAUGUCUAGCGCAUUGGGGUUCGGUCGUUCAACCACACCUUCCGGCGAGCGCUCUCUUGGCCAGAAUCCAGCUCAAUCGUACGACUGGACGAAUAGGCCUUUCGCAUCCGCAACCGCUGCAGCAGGGGCAAUGGUCGGUGCUGCGAUCAGCACACUGAGUGGCGGAGGCGGAGAAGGCUACGAAGACCACGAACGGUGGAGCGAGGAGGCAGAACAACGCGACAACGACCGCCAGGUCAAGCAGGGCAUCAAGAGGCGCGGCACGGCUGAGGAAUUCUUCUCCGGAAGCGUCGAACUGCCGCGCUCUGCCUCGAUUGCAAGUCCCAAACGGAAGACUGUGGCUGUUGUCGUUUCAGCUGUGGGCGACGCCGACGGUGAUGUCGGCGACCAUGCCUCGAUCCUCUCCCACCUCCCCGAAUACAUUGACCCCGAAACCACCCGCGUAUUCGUUCUCAUCUACGCUCCCGACCUAAAAACCCACCCCCUAAGCAGCUCGCACACGCCGGCACGCCGCCCGUCGCAGAGCAUGGCCUCCUCGUUCUCCAACAUCAGCCAAACCGACGCACACACGCCAGCCGUCACUCCAGGCGAUUUCCCCAGCAGCGACGGCAUCCUAACGCACGUCGACCCGAAGCCCAUCGACGAGUCGUCGAGCCUGUUUAAAACACUCUACAGCCAAGCGAUUGGUAUCGUUGAUCGCGACACCAUGGUCCUGCCCUACACGUCGCCCAACGGACAUAAACACAUUCUCCGCUCCCUCGCGCCCGAGGUCGUGUAUAUCCAGGAGUCAUUAUGCGGGCGGGACGGCGAGAUCGUGUCCGACCUCUCCGGCUGGGUGAGGCAGACUGUCAUUGUGAUUGGCGAUGAAGGCGGACACGGCGGCUUAAUCGACACGGAUGACGAGGGCAGCGCGGUGGGCGGAUAUAAAAGAGGCGAGAAGUGGUGGCAGAAGGAAGAACGCACGGGCGUAGGGAGACGGGUCGCCGUGGUGGAAAGUCUGAAGAUAAGGAAGAAACGCGGCCCGAACUUGGUUGAGGUUGAGCGCGGUUUCUCGAAACGCCCAAUCCUGGAGUUUCAACCUGUCAUCCGUGAGAAGGUCGAGUUGAUUAGCAGGAAGGUCCGCAAGGAUAAGGGCAGGGAUGCUGCGAUCGUCCUAAGCGGUGCUUUCCCGGCAUUUACAGGCGAUAUCAUCACGGAAUACUCAUUUGGAAUCUGCUACAAUCACCUCAACUCUGCAGACUUCUCGGAAUCAUUCCACGCAGCGUUCAUGGCUGUCGGCCGGUUCGGCCACAUCGCGGUCCAGUUGCCGUGGUUCCAUCCGGUGAGUUACUUUCAUCGGAUCACAAUCCUUUACGGCAAGGACCGAGAUCACGAUCUCAGGGUCAUGAUUCAACUACUUAUCAAGGAAGAGGCUCUGAAGGAGAAGUUAACACACCGCACGAUAUUUCAUGACCUCCUGCUCAGUUCCCUUGCACCUGAAGAUAACAGCAACCGCCGCACGGCCUACGAGCCUCAGGCCGUUAUAGGAGGAGGCAUCGAAACGACAGCGUGGCACUAA